GGCGGUGGGACUCAAGGCCCGAGCUGGAGAGAGCCAGUCAGUCGCUCUGCGCGGCACGGCGACCAGUCAGCUGCGCCCCGAGGUCGCCUCUUUACACAUCCCUCACAAUACAAAACUUCACACACAAAUUCAAACCCAGUAUAAAUUAAUGUGCUGCCAAACAGUGAAAUUUGCUGUAGAACAAAAAAGGGGCGCAGUUCCUGGAAUCUACGAGCACACAGCUACAUAGUAGAUGGCCACACGAAUCACUAGUGGAUGUAUCAGAAUAUAGCUUGAACAAGUGGUAGCAGAGUGUGGUCGCAGGUAACAAGUUAUACUCCACUGCAAUGUGCGAGACGGCGGAAAAGAAGGCUUCGGGAGCGGAGAUGGAAGGAGAGAAGGCCAAAGAGGCAGAGGGCGGCGAGAUGCAGGCAUGGAAGGGGAUGAGUUGGCGUGAACGCUGCCGGUACCUGGUAGGAAACAUUACAGUGGAGCCCAUGCUGGCAUGCUACAUCAUGCCCAGUGUGCUGGCCAGCCUUGCAACACAGAACCUCAACUUGGAGAAGGCGUGUCGCGUCAACCUGCAGUACAGCGAGGAGGUGUGCGAUGCCCUGUCGGUCCGGGAAACAGCCAAUUACACAAAGCAGGAGACAGAGGUACAACAGCUGGUGGCAGGCAUGACGGUGUGGAAGACGAUCCUGCAGAGCGCCAUCCCCUCGCUGCUGAUGCUGUUCAUGGGCGCGUGGACGGACCGCCGUGGUCGCCGCAAGCCCUGCAUGCUGCUGCCCAUCCUGGGCGAGUUCCUCACCUCCAUAGGCCUCAUCCUCUGCACCUUCUUCUUCUUCGAGCUGCCCAUGGAGGUGGCGGGCGUGGUGGAGGCGCUCUUCCCCGCUAUCACGGGUGGCUGGUUCACCAUGUUCAUGGCCACCUUCAGCUACAUCGGCGAUGUCACCUCCAAGGAGAUGCGUACCCUCCGCAUCGGUGUGGUGAAUGUGUUCGUGUCGCUCGGAGUGCCAGUCGGCAUGGCGCUCAGCGGCGUACUGUACCGGAAGAUCGGCUUCUACGGCAUAUUCUCCAUCUCGGCCGUGCUGUAUGUGAUGAGCUUCUGGUACGGUCUGCUGGGAAUCAAGGAGGAGGCCAAGCCACGGCCACCCAAGGAGGUCGACGGCAAGGCCUGUGGCUUUUUGCGGGACUUCUUCGACAUAGGCCACGUGGCCGAGACGUUCCGGGUCGCCUUCAAGAGCGGCAAGGACCAGCGGCGCAUGCGCGUCAUAAUGCUCAUGGUGGCCUGCAUGGUCAUCAUCGGCCCUCUGCACGGCGAGAUGGCCGUCAUGUACCUGUUCACGAGGUACCGCUUCAACUGGGAUGAGGUGGACUUCAGCAUCUUCUCCACCUACAGCAUGGUCACCAACCUCAUAGGCACCAUGAUCUCGGUGGGGCUGUUCAGCCACGUGCUGAAGAUAGACGACGCGCUGAUUGGCGUCAUGUCGUGCACCAGCAAGAUCCUGUCCUGCUUCAUGUACGCCUUCGCCACCACGGACUGGAUGAUCUACCUGGCUCCUAUAAUCGAGAUGCUGAACGGAACAUCCUUCAUCGCCAUGAGAUCCAUCGCCACGAAGCUGGUGCCCGCUGACGAACUGGGGAAGAUCAACUCCCUGUUCGGCGUGUGCGAGGCCCUCAUGCCGCUGGCGUACGGGCCCAUGUACAGCCUCGUGUACGCUUCCACCAUGAAAACCGUGCCAGGCGCGUUCUUCCUACUGGGUGGGGCUCUCACGGCGCCCGCCGUCCUCAUCUUCCUGUGGAUGUACAAGGUGCACAACCAGCUGGAGGCGGCCGAGCAGGCGCGCGCCAAGACGCUGGAGGACGGCGUCACCAUGAGGGAGCGCGCGCCCGAGCAGAACGGCGGCGUCGAGAACCGCAGCUUCGUCAAGGACGGCGACGAGUGAGGCGGCGCUGGCCCCCGAGAGGAGACCGCGGGUGCAGACACGGUCCCGGGGACCGACACCCGGCGAGGGCCACCAGAGUGGGUUAGGGCCACUUGCCUGCAGGCUAGUUUCCACCAAACUUGCCGAAAACCCUUUCUUCGCCGAAAUUAAAGACGCGCCGAUUUCAAAUACUAACGCAUGCGGACGUCAACACGAGGUAAAUUCUACUUGGGGGAAAAAAUUGACAUCAAUGAUGUAUAUUCUCUUAGAUAUUGUCCGUGUUAAUGCAGGGUUGGUCAAUUAAUGUAAUCUUCAAGUCUUAUACACAUCGGGGUACUCGACCACUGCAGAAAGGCCAGCGUGGCCUAGCAGAUAAAAUUCAUACCAUUCAUCACAUACAACAAUGUACACAUCUGCAUCUUGCUUGAUUCUGGCACAUGUGUUGAGGCAUCCUGUGUUCUUCUGCUAAUACCAGGGAGGAAUGUAUGUGCCACUUUUAAACAUAUUACACUCGCAAUGUUGUUCUACCAAAUAUAAACUCUUGGGGAUAUAAACAAAAUUGUCAAGCCCAACUUCUAUAACACAACACGCGUCAAUACAAUUCUAGUAACACGGCAGGUCGUAUCUCAGCGACUGCGCCUAUGCACACACAGAGCAUUAUUAGGAAUCUACCAACUGUCGCAGUAACACUUGAGGGACAACUACACAAUGAAGGGGGUGUGUAUAUUUUGAUCGUGGUUCUAUUUUAGUGGCCUCACAUUUAGCUCAUUUUAAUCCAGUUUAUGUCCAAAACACCAAGAGAAUAAUUGUUGCAUUAUUGUGCUGAUUCUCAAUAAGUAUGGAACACUUGUUAGCUCUAGUUACAUCAAAUGUGUAUGAUUAGGUUGUAACAGCUACAUACAUCUAUAAUAAUGAUACCACACAUAGUACAAUCUGACAGUACAUGUUGAUUCAGGAGAGUUAUUAUGUAAAAAAUCACCAAUAUUAGCAUAAACAUUUCGCUGUGAUUGUUUACUAGUUUACUAGAAGAAAAGGCCAAUAAUGAUUUGCAGAAAUAAAUCAUAUUAACAUUUUCCACUAAUGAAGAGUACUUGCACUACGUUAUUUGGACUCCUUCACGAAAACCUAGUUUUAAACUUUCGUACCUGGUCCAAUUAAGGCCUAUUUGAUUUCAAUAUUAAAUAUCACAUAUUCGUAAAAUGUCAGUAUCGGAAAUGUGCGCUAAAAGUAAAGCGGUGAACGCUUUUAAGUACGAUUAGUAACAGCUAUCCACCUCAGCCUGUCAUUGGGAGAGGGCAUUGCGGCAGACUGCGUCAUCCAUCUUGGUCUCUGGUCCCUCGCCUGACUCCUCUUGAUCCCCAAGUCCUCCUCUGACAACUCUUGGUCUCUGGUCCCUCGCCUGAUGAAGAAGAAACCGUCCUAUUGCGAGAGCCUGCCGACGGGACAGUAUCACUGCGGAGAGUCGCGCAGACGGGUGACGAACUGACAAGAGUGGAAGUGAGUGUUCCUGAUGUGCGGUGCGUGCGAGGAACUGCCCAGUUCGGAAAAGUUCUUGCACACUCGGUUGCUCAUUCGUCUCUGAGACUCGCUCAUGAAUCCUAUGUUGAUGUAGGACUACCAUGAUUCACACUUGAGACAUAGGUUUACGCUCAAAGAAAAAGAAAAGCAAAGUCUGGCUGCGUGCACCCAUUUGUGUUGCAAUUACUGAAAACGUUAUUAAUUCUUGUAUUUGCCAGAUAGGGGCGCAAUUUGUCUAGUGAUACAUGGUAAUCCACGAUAUAGCGAACUGUGUUAUAUCGGGCUUCUUCUGUAGUUAAUUUACAGUUUGUAUAAACCCAAAACCAUUACUUAUUUUACUUUUCUGUUGCAUGGUAUUAGCUCUUAUUUAGAAACAAAAAAAAACAUUAUACAGAUUCUGAUUUUUAACUAUUUAUCGAAGAGCUCGGUCUAUAGUUUAUGUGUAUUUUCUAAAUAUAUUUUGUGUUCAUUUAUUUUUGAUUCCCAACUAAACUAGUAAAUUGUCUCUAAUUGUAAACUGGUACUUGACAUGCCUUUUUAUGUGCAACUGCCCGAUUCCUGACCAUAUAACACUUGCUGAAGUACCAGGCAUUGCCAAGGCUUUAUACAGAAUAAAUAGGUUCUAUUUGCUAGUUUUUCGAAAUUUCAGAGAUAUAGUAUUUUUUUUUUUUUUAAUAUUUUUAUCGUAAAGUGUACAAAAUUUUAUCGAGAAGUACCGAAAUUCUUCUAAAAGAGGUGGGAAUUGGGAAUGAUGGGUGGUUUCUCGAAAUUGUUAACCUUCCUCUUGUCUUGAAGGUCGAGUGUGCAGAAUUUCAUCAAGCUCGGAAUAAAACUGUAGAUUAGUAUAAAAACAAAACAAAAACGAACAGAAUCUCAUCUUUAUGUACAUAGAUUCAUGUACCGAGCAUCUGUGGACAUUUCCGGGGCGCUAAAAAAAGAAGUGCAUUCUUCUUGCUGGGACAUGUUCGAUUCGGUGUUUCGCACCAAGGCACUGUGGUUCAUACAAACAUUUAUAAGUAGCGUGUCAAGCCGUGGUUGGAGAGGUAAUGAGUUCCUGAGAAAGUAUUUAUAUAUAUAUAUUAAACGACUGUUUAUGAUCCAGAGCUGGCUCAGUAGAGACGAGAGAGCGAGUGCGCAGUAUCGGACCUGACUUCCUGCUGAGCUGGCUUCACGCAGAACAAAAUUCACACACAAGGACGUGUUUUUCAAUAGUCUCCAUAGAGGGAAAAAAUUUAUGAAUUUUGUAUAUAUUUCUUAAACUCCCUAAGCUUGUAUCGUUAAAUAUAAAUACUUAUUGUUAAGUAUUUGUAUUCAAUGCUUGUAUUUCACUUGUUGAUUGCUUAUUAUUUAUAAACUGUUUUAAUCACUUGAAAUAAGUGUAGUUGUUUUGUAAAUUGCAAAAUAUAUGUAACUGAGGUGAAAAUUAAAGUAAAUGUUUCAUAGAAUAUUUUG